GGCCGUCGGAUCGAUGACCGCACGGAUGAACUCAAUCAAGUCGGUGAAAUGUGCCACCUGCAUGCACACAGGGUGGCCUGCUCUUUUCACGCCACAAGUUUUUAAGUCGCUCUUCACAGCCCCACAUUUAAAUGUGUGUCGCCGGCGGGUUUCAGGUUGCCUUCUCUCGCGUGGGAAAUGGGCUCGUCCUAUAUCCCACACAUCAAAAGAGGUCAGCUGCAUGGCGUCCUCAUGCGUCGCUAUCCGACUCCAGAUCGUCAUCUUUGUCGCCCCGAGGAGGUGCAUGGCCAUCCGUCCGUUUUACGCUCAAGUGUCCUCGUUUGGAUGCCGGCCAGACGAGCCGACUCAAAGCCGAGCCAAGCCGAGCUGACGCAAAGCCGAGCCGAUCCAUGGCAGGCCCCCUCCAAAUUAGAAUGUUCCGCAAACUAAAUUUUCCCCGAUGAAAGACUCGGAUUUUGCAGUUUCACUUUAAAAGCGGAAGUCGGCGCUCAUUGGUCGACAGUGUCAUACAGGAAAAACAAAGCAAAGCAAGUUCGGCAGGGCGAAGAAAGUUGGACCAAGACAGUCGGACGAAUUCCGCGGCUGACUCGCGGCGUGGACUGCAUCCAGGCCGCCCGAGAGCGCGUGUGAGCUGAGCCAUGAAGGACACCCCGGCGGACGGCGAGCUGUGGAAGGGCCACGUCGUCCAGCAGCUGCGCCGCCGAGACCGGGAGCAGCACCACACGUUCCGAGACCUCGUCUGCGCCUACUCUCGGCUGCUGGACAGAGGGGGCGCGAGCGACUGGUUGCCGGCGGCGAGCUGCGGCGCCGUGGUCUGGGCCGCGCGUGUGCAGCAGCUUCACAAGGCCGCCGGAGAGUUGGCGUGUCAAGUGGUGGAGAAGCAGCAGCAGAUGACAAUCAAAGACAGCCUUUUGGAUGGUCAGCGGGACAGGCUGCUGCAAGGCGAGCGCGGCCUGGCGGGCGCGCGCCAGCUCCGCCAGCAGCUGUGCCUUCGGGCGCAGCGGCUGGAAGUGGACAACAGGCUGCUGAAGAGCAAGUACGACGCUCUGAUGGAGCGCCAGCGGCGGGCCGAGCGGCGUCUCAGGGAGGAGAAGCUCCGGGGAAGCGGCCUGCUGGAGGACGUGAUGGCGCUCAAGCGGCAGGCGGCCGCGCGCCUCAACCGGCGAAACGACAGACGCUCCAGAGUUCAAGACGCCAGCCUGCAGAAAGAUCUGCAGACGGCUGCCAGCUCUAUGGUCAACGCGGACGGCUGGGCGUGUUUAGCACCCGGCAAAAAGUUGGCCGAAAAAGGUCAAGAACGUCUCUUGAGAUCUGCUCCGGCAUCCCGAAACUCUCUGAGGAUCCCGGCGUCCAUCAGAGAACUCUUUGAGAGGAGGCGGGGCCAGUCUGAGUGCGCUCCAGAAGAACAAGAGGAGCCGGCGCGCCCCGUCGGAGUCCCCGCGUCGGCAAGACUUCCCGGCCGGGCCCUGCACGUCCUGGAAGCUCACGAGCAGGGCGUCAACACGGCAGCGUUCUGCUCCAGCUCUGCCCUGCUGGCCAGCGCCGGAACCGACAGAGUGGUCAAAGUGUGGGAGGUCCGAGCAGGUACCCUCAGACACCAGACCACCUUGGACGGGAGCACGGAGGGUCUGACCUGCGUCCAGUUUGACCCCACGGGUCACCGAAUUCUGGCGGGCUCCUACGACAAAUCGGCUUUGCUGUGGUGUUUGGAUCACCCGGUUGCCAAGCUGACCCUGACGGGCCACAGCAGGAAGGUGACGGCGGCUCGCUUCAGCGGUCAUCAAGUGGUGACGGGAAGCGCCGACGGGACCGUCAGGAUAUGGGACCUCCAACGCGCCGCCUGUGUCCACUUGGCCCGAGUGGCGUCCUUCUGCAGCGAUGUGGUCUGCUCGGAAAACGUGGCCAUCAGCGGACAUUUCGACCACAAGAUCCGACUGUGGGACACCAGGCUGUCCAGCUGCGUCCACUGCCUGUCGGCGCAGGGCAAAGUGACAUCAUUGGACCUCAGCGCCGACGGCCGGCACCUGCUCAGCUGUUGCCGGGACGACGGACUGCAGCUGCUGGACGUCCGCAGCUGGAGCCACGGUGGCGCCUCCUUCAGAGCGGAAGGCUUCAAAUGUGCAAGCGACAGCACCAAAGUGGCCAUCAGCCCCGACGCUCGCUUCGUGGCGGCGGGAUCGGCAGACGGCGCCGUCUACAUCUGGAACGUCUCCGCUGGAAACCUGGAGACGCGCCUGGCUGACAAGCACAGCGCGUCCAUCAGCGCUGUCUGCUGGUCGCCGUCCGGCGAGUACACGACAAGUGUGGACAGAAAGGGACGGGCCGUCCUCUGGAGUGACAUCUGAAGGGAUUUUUUCUUUCUUUCUUCAGAGAUGUUUUGGUUCUGGUCAGCGAUUAUUGAUACGCCGUUUGCCCGCAACUGAAAUUGAGACGGUUAACACUUGACCAGCGAGUCAAUGUUAAGUUGUUGCUUCCCACUCAACGUUCGUCUUGUUUCUUUCUUUUUUAAGUGUAACUCUGUUUGUGAUGGUUUGUUGACACGUUUUGUGACUUUUAAAAUGACUUUUAGCAUCUGUUGUGCAAUGUGAGCAAUAAUAAAAGAACAAGAAAAAGUG